AUGAAGGGGAAGUUUGCAAGGGUGUGUGCCAAUAAGUUGAGGAAGAUAGGGAGUAAAGGGAGCGUACCUUCUUCUUCUUCGUGCUGCGAGCAAUGCUGUCAAUGGGCUCUGUGGCCAAACUCCAUGCAUGAAGAAAACUCGAUCCCAAAAGACGUCCCCAGGGGUCACUUGGUAGUUUAUGUAGGUGAAAACCACAAGAGGUUUGUAAUCAAACUCACCUUGCUCAAUCACCCACUCUUCAAGGCACUCCUGGAUCAAGCUCGAGAAGAAUACGACUUCAAUGCUCACUCGAAACUCUACAUACCCUGCGAUGAGAACCUCUUCCUUGAAGUUGUUCGAUGCGCUAAGCUCUCCAGAUGA